AGACUUACCGUUUCUAGGCUUUCUCUCUCCUCAUUCUCCCUCUUUCUCCAAUUGGCGAGUGAGUUGUUUUUAAUCUCUCUCCACGCCUCUUUAUCUUCUUCUCCCUCCCAUUUCUCUCUCCAUUUUUAGCAACCUCUCUUCUUCUUUUUCUAAGUUUAGAACAGAGAGAGAAUUACCAAAAAGGAAGCUCUUUUUUUUAAAAAAGUAUUCUUAAAAUAAAAAUAAAACAGGGGAGAAAAACAGGGGAUUGAUUGAUUGAUUGUUUUUAAUCAUCAUUUGUUAGGGUUUUCUUAAAAUUAAUUUCUGGGUUUUUCUGGGUUUUCGUUGAAUUGAAAUGGGUCGUGGAAAGAUUGAGAUAAAGAAGAUCGAAAAUGCAAAUAGCAGACAAGUUACAUUCUCAAAACGCCGUUCUGGGUUGCUCAAAAAAGCUCAUGAACUUGCUGUUCUUUGUGAUGCUGAGGUUGCUCUUAUCAUCUUUUCUAGUACUGGAAGACUUUUUGAGUUCUCUAGCUCCAGCAUGAAAAGAACGCUUUCGAGGUACAAGAAUGCUCAGGAAACUUCUGAUGUCACAACUGGAAAAACAACGCUCGUGAUUGAGGGAGAAGAUUUGAAGGAGAUUGAUAGUCUGAAAGACGAGAUAACAAAGCUCCAAUUGAGACAAAUGAGGAUGCUGGGUAAAGAUUUAUCAGGCUUGAGCAUGAAAGAACUGCAGCAGCUGGAAAAGCAACUCAAUGAAAGUUUACUGUCUGUAAAAGCUAAGAAGGACCAACUUCUGAUGGAACAACUCGAGCAUUCACGAAUACAGGAGCAGAGGGCGUUGCUAGAGAAUGAGACUUUACGCAGACAAAUUUCUGAGCUUAGAGGAUAUCAUACACCAUCUGAACGCCCGGAACCUAUGUAUCUGGAGUACUACCCCAUAUCAACCAAGGUUUCUUCUGGGACCAACGGGACUUCAGGUUUUGAUGGAGGCUGCAACAGUGAACUCGACAAAACAGAUUCUGAUGUUACCUUGCACCUAGGGCUACCAUGUGACAACAUUCGAAAGAGGAAAGCAACCGAGAGUGAGUGUGGAAGCCCAGAAGUGUCUCUCUGAUUAUCCUCCUCUGCAUCAUUGCUAGCUGCUGCUCAAAUUGGCACCAGAAAUAGCACGUUUUGGUAAUCUAAUAGCCAACAGGAUAUAUGUGUGGCACUUAGUUAACAACUUGACAUCAUCAUAUAUUAAAUAAGCUGUAAAUAUUUAGUUAACUACUCGCGAGUGUCGAAAUAGUCUACAACGAAGAGCUAUGUCAUUUCAUACACAAGGAGCUUUAUAAUAGCCUACGUGAAUGAUUUGUUAAGAGUAUUAGCUAAACUUGUCUCUUAUUUUCCGCCAACAACAAUAAAAACCGACUUCCAUUCGUGUUCA